UCUCAAUGUGUGAAUUCUUAGUACAGUGGACUGAUCAUGAUAAUCCACCAUCGUGUGGUUCUUGCUCCGCCCACCCGCCAGAGUUGCAAUGGCUCGGAAGCAGCGCAAUAAACAGCAUGCGGCCCUGGAUAUUUGUUACCUUAGAGAAAUUGUCUUCUCGCGCUUAUUUUCUCAUCUGAAAAGACUCGACGCCAAGCAAUCUGGUUAAAUUGACUGGAUAUUCAUAUUUUGAUUACCAUAUGCUAAGAUAUCUGUGGGGAAAAAUGACCCGACAGUCAGUGGACCGAGUGCACCACAGACCCACGAUGCCUCAAAUUAGGCUUUUGUGGCACUCGUCUUCGUGCCAAACUACUCAGAGCUCCGCUUCAGGUGAUAGCAACACUAGGCAGAGAAGUUCUCAACGUGGUAUUAGCGGUGUGUUCGGCGUUGGCCGCCAUGUCCCCAUUUACACCCACAAAGAACUAGACGGGCUUCCAGAAAGAUUUCGAGUCAAGGGGAGUGUGUUUGUCGCCUGAGAUGGCCGCUGAUCACGACCAUAGAAGCGGCUAGCUAUCUUCCAAAGGUCCAGUCAGAAUUUUUGCCCAUUUGACUUCAGGGUAGAGCCACCCUCGCACCAUAGCAUGGCCGAGUCGACUCCUUCAUCGUUUCUUUGGUAGCGGGUUGAACUACAGCCUGUCAGU